UUUCUAUUCCGUCGUAUUCUGAUGUUCCAGAACAGCCUGCAAGGAAGGCACCCAAGGGAGCUGUGUUCUCCACAGUGUCCUGCAAACAUUAAACACUGUAAAUCCAAACAGGAAGCCAAUUCUGACUCACAUGCACAGAUGCUCACACACGCCUCGACUGGCGCUGUCAGGUGGGGACGUGUGGACUGGCCGACUGUCCUGCAGCACACCCACACCACAUUUAAGUCUGAUGCACUGUAGGCAUCGAGUUGAAAGUGUAAUGAUUACCUACAACGGGGUACCUUGGUUUGAUCUUCAAAUUAGUAUGAGCAAAAAUAUCCCCCUCCCAUGUGAGCUAGGAUGUUAUACAGCAUGUGAUGCAGCGAGAAGGGGGCAGCCUUGCCACUCUGGCCCAGGUCUCACCAGCACAGUGCCUGUAACGAGCAAGAUGGUACUGAGUAAGCCACCCACUGGGCUUUAGUCAUUUGCUAAAAAUAAACAGGAGCAGUCAUUGAAAACAAUACCCAGUUCCUAUUCUUAGGGAGUAUGCAUUGACGUGUUUAGGCAUAAGGGGAGCUGUGUUGUAACUUACCUUCAAGUAGUUACAAAAAGUGGAUGUACACCCAGAAAGAGAGAGGUGAGGGAGUGAGUUCUACAGUAAGCGGGGUAAAAUGUUAACAGGACAAUGUGGAUACGGGACCUAUGAUGUUCUGUGGACUCGUUUUAUUUUUUUACCUUUUAGAAGCAAAAUGACAAAAAUAUCGGAUGGCAGAAGCCAGGUAGAUGAAGCAGAAGACAAGAAAGAAGGUCAUUCAAGGAAGAAGCUCCAGAGCCAUGUGGGGUGACAGGAAGGUGACAGGGGUGUGGGAGGAGAGCAUGACACAGAAGAGAUGCUAAACCACAAAGGAUCACGUUUCUCCCUUCUCUCUGGGUGUCCUCGUCACGGUAAGACACUGAGGAAGGACAGGCCAACAAAUGGUUGAAGAGGUCACCUUUGCCCGCAGCAGCCCCGUCCCUGAGGGAGCCCCUACCUGGUGAAUGGAAUCAUGUGAACUUGUGAUGUCAGCUGGGCUCAGAAUGUUUGUCACCUGGACAACCCGGCCGGCCUCCAGGGAGCAGUGUGUGCCGUCAUACCCUACGCUAGUCAGACAUGGAGAACUUCUCACUCCUCAGCAUUUCUGGACCUCGAAUGUCUUCCUCUACCCUGAGCACUUUCCCUGACAUUAUGUCCUCACGUGCCACCAGCUUGCCAGACAUUACAAAGACUGCAUUAUCCACGGAGGCUUCCAUCCCAGUUCAGACCCUGCAGCCCCAGUACAAAAGCAGCAUUCUCCGGCACGGGGUGCCUAACACAGUGCUCUCGCCAGACUACAUCUUGGGGGACCCCCAGAAUGGGGAGCAACUGAGGCGGAACUGCACCAUCUACCGGCCCUGGUUCUCUCCUUACAGCUACUUCGUGUGCAAAGACAAGGAGAGCCACCUGGAGGCCUACAACUUGCCAGAGGUGCAACAGGACGAGGGCAGGGGGGACAGCUGCUUCCCUGAGGAUGUGGCUGAGAGCCUUCGAUCAUCCUCUUCCUCCCCAGAGAACACCUGCCUCCGAGAGGCCACCGAGAGAUCCCAGCACAGCCUGGACUCAGUGGACUACAUCACGUCCGAGGACAUCCUAGAGGCCUGCAGGUGGCACCCGCCACAGCAGAGCGGCUUCAAGUGUGUGGCCUGCUGCCGCAUGUACCCCACCCUGCACUCCCUCAAGAGCCACAUCAGGGGGGGCUUCAAGGAGGGCUUCAGCUGCAAGGUGUACUACCGCAAGCUCAAGUCCCUCUGGGGCAAGGAGCAGAAGGCCAGGCCAGGGGACAGGCGCUCUACAGGCAGUGCCCAGGCCUUCAAGUAG